CGGUUUAGGCAAAAUUGUGGGCUUUGAAUUUCACCUCCACCCGCGUGUAUAUCUCUUUAAGAGCUCGGCUUUUUUGGCUCUUCCUGGGGGGGUAGUUGGGGUGUGUGUCAUGAAAGAUUAGGGAGGAAGGAGAGAGAGAGAGAGAGACACUGCUGUCUGGUGUUCACUGACUUACAAAGAGGGGACGUAAAGCAGACUGAUCAAUUACAAUGCUGGCGCAUAGUUUAUGUUAUAACCGUAGAAAAUAAAAUAGCGGCGAAACAGGCUCUAUAGAAAGAGACAGAGGAGGCUGGGUGUCCUUUAUUUAAAACGACCACGAAAAGAAGAUACAGCCAUAAAUGCCGUUAUUCUUUUAAAUAACUGACAAAGAAACAAAGGCGCUACUAUAUCCUAUUGAUGUUUCUGCACAGUUGACCUCUGAAAAGGUUGUCGGCUAGUUCAGUCUUGUUUGCGUCUUUUGUAUUUAAUUGACUAGACUUAGCGCACGAUUUCUUUUUUUUUAUUUUUUAAAAACCGGAUUUGAAGUUUCCCGUCCUGAACGGAGCGGCGUUACAGACAAAUACUAGAACCGACCGAAGGGAGCAUGGCAGCAAUAACCAGCCCGGAAUCUAGUCCCCAACCCCGGGUAUACUUCCAGACGCCGCCGGGGAGCGAGCAGACAGAAAUACCCGUUCGGAAACAAGGGAGGGUGACGGUGAAAUACGACAGGAAAGAACUCCGAAAGAGGCUCAAUUUGGAAGAAUGGAUCAUUAACAGACUAACAGAGCUGUACGGCUGUGAGGAGGAAGCGAUCCCAGAGCUGGAAAUUGAUGUUGAUGAACUGCUGGAUCUCCCGAGCGAGGACGACCGCGCCGCCACGGUCAAGGAGUUGUUGGUCGACUGUUACAAACCCACUGAAACUUUCGUGGCCGAGCUGCUCGAUCGAAUACGAGGGAUGCAGAAGCUGACCACGCCCCAGAAGAAAUGACGUCGGGCCAGGGGGGCGGAGUCCAGCUUUCUAUUUUUUAACGUCGAAAGACUUCGUUAGGAAAAAAAAGUGUCACCCUCUUAUUCUAGGUUUUUUUGAAAUUGCAAGCAUGUUUUUUUUAAUAAACACAUUUUUUUUUUCAAAUGUGUUUUAUACAAUGAACAGGGAGUCCCGUUAACCUAUUUUGAGGGUGGGGGCCAGCUUUGUGAUGUUUUUUUUUUUUUU